AUGUCCAAAACGAGAGAAGACGUCCAGAAACUCCUUGAGUCGUACAGCGAGGCGUUGCAGUACUGGCUGGAUGGCUUGGCUGACCCCAAAAAUGCAUCCAAAAUCAAAUCUGCCAAGGUCAAAGCGCCAUUGGACGAGCUCAAGAAAUUGGCAAAGUUGAUCAGAGCACACACCACCAAGGUAGGAAUCAUAUUCAAGCCUCAGAACUUGGCCAAAGACGUGGGACCUGCCUACACCACCGUGCUGAAGUUGUCAGAGACGACGGUGUUGGUUAUCUCGGUGGUGGUGCAGUUGCAACCAGGCGAGACCUCGCAUCUCUUCUACAAUGAAGUGUUACAGCAGAUAAAGCAGUUGUUAGCGGCCAAUUUGGGGUUCGUGGGUGAGCUCCAGGCAGUGUUGGACGAUGUGGACGAGUUGGCCAAGGAAGACGGCUCUAAAUCGGACGAAAUCAACGGGCGUUUAUUGGCAGUUGGCAAGAUUUGGGCCACCUGUGACUCGUUGUACGGGUUGGUGGAGAACGGCAAACUCGGGCUUUUGACAGACAAGAUCAAGGACAAUAUCGGACUUAUUGACGACGGGUUCGAGGAGUUCGAAGAGUGGUGUGAAAACCCGCAAGAGAUGGAUGAUGAUCCGUUUGGAUUGGAUAGUGAGGACGAAGACGAGGACGGCCUCGACGGAGCCAAUCCUCCCACAGAGAGCGACGACGAAUCGAAAGAAGAGUUGAUCAAGUAUGCCAAGACCUGGCUCAAGAAGAUCGAGUUGGUCAAGCUCUUGAUGGCCUCGUUCAAGAAGUCAUUGCCGCAAGCCACCACAGGCGAGCAGAUCGACGCCAUCUACGGACACCAGCAGGACAUCGUCAAGCUGAUAGACAAGCUCAUUGUGGACUUGAUGUUGAACGGAAGCAUUGAUGAGGAACUAGAGGGCAUCACUAAACAGAUUACACAAGAGUCUACCAGGUUGGCCAAGCUCGCACAGGCCAUCCACGUCAAUAACUCAAAGAAGAGCAAGUGGUAUGAUACCUGGAUAACCAAGUUCUAG